UGAAAACGAGACACAAUUUUUGUUUCCAUCGUGUCAAUUUUCGGGCUCGAUUUGAAGAUUUAGAAUCUGAUCGUGCAACCUCGCAGUGUCUGCGUUGACAGUUAGUUUUGGCAAGUGCGGCCGUAAGCAGCCUGUUAAAACUGAUAGCUGCUUGUUUGACUAACGUGACUCCAUGUUGAUCUCACCGCCGUCUCUAGUUCUAUAGGUUCGCAACUUUUAUCUCUGCAUCACAUAGGACCUCAUUGUUGUCCCAAAGGGAUUCGUGGAUCUGUUUCGGAAUCGGAGAAAAGGUAAGUCACGUACGCACUGACAGGACAGACUCCUUGGCGAGAAUGACGGAGUCGAUGGACUGUCCGUUGCUGCCACUCUUCAAGGAGGCCAUCCGGCGCCUGAAAGACCAGAGGGAGCGGCCGGGUGUGGACCGCAUCGUGCAGACGCUCAAGACGCACCACCAGGUGCGCGACGCCGAGGCGGUGCGCCGUCAACUGGAGCUGGCCGUACGCAGCGGCCACCUCAUCGCCGUCUACAUCAACGGCCUGCAGUGCUACAAGGAUCCCGACUGUCUGCGGGAUCUGCGCCGCUUCAAGGUGGACAACCUGCAGCGUGUGCAGCAGGCGGUGAAGUUCGCCGUGCGGGCCAUUGGCGAUCCGCAGGGUUCGUCGUUGGAGGAGAUCGAGAACUACGUCCGCGUGUCGUUUAUCGUGAGCACUCCCACUCUACGGGAGCAAAUGAACGAGGCCCUUGGAGAGCUGCUUCGCAAGGGCACUCUCGACCAGCCUGCACCGGAGCGCUACCGGUUCUGCUCUGCUGGUAAGCUGCCGGAUAAUGCUGCUGCUAAGCAGCUGGCCACCUCCAGCGACACCACCGAAACCAUUCCGCUUCCACCAGUCUUCGCUGUACCGUCCAUACCCGCGCCCCGUCCGCGCGGCCUUCCCAAGCGGGUGAUUCCCCUGCCGGACCCCGCCCCGCCGUCGCCGAGCACCGACUCACCGGCGCCGGUUAAGCGCAAACGCGGUUUCACGCCCACCAUCAACCCGCCGGCACCGGCACUCGUGGAAGUCCCACCGGCGUCCCUCCUUGCGCCGCCCGUCAGCCCUCCACCACCCGCAGAGGUCCUGCCGGCGCUUCCCGUUCUCCCGGCCGCAGCUCCACCCAUCCCGGAGGAGAAAGUAUCGCCGGUGGGGAUCCGCCGCUCCCCGCGUUAUUUUAAGGAGUACCAGUGUGCGCCGUGCCGCUUCUACGUCACCGACCACUCCGCGUUGCUGCUGCACGUCGCCGGCCCGCAGCACCGCCGGAGCGUCGCCAGCAAGAUGGUGCAGUGCAGCACCUGCCACUUCCGCACCCGCAGCGUGGACAAGAUGACGGAGCAUCUGCAGCGGCACGGCUGCCACGCGGGGAAAUCCGUUCCCUCCUGUCUGCUGCGCUCCAGCGCAUCCGGCGAUCUGCUGGCUAAAUAAGCAUCCUGCAGAUGUCAGGAUCCGUUCGCGCCGCGGCGUCUCCGUGGCGGUUAAUUGGUUCUUCGGUUUCUAAAUUUUUUUUAUUGACAGUGACUGUCUUAUGUUCUUUUCCGGCCAAAAUGAUC